CACAGAAAAUCAGUUUAGACUUUCAUAUAGCAUCAAGGCACAGUGGUGCAAAUCCUCACAUGUGUGGGAAAUGUGGGUACAGCACGCAUCUAAAAUCCAACCUAAAUAACCAUAUGAGAACUCACAUGGGAGUUAAACCCUACAAGUGUGACCAGUGCGACUUUUCCUCAGCACACAAAUCACAGAAGUGCCAUUUGGACCAACACCUGGCCAAACACAUGGGUGAGAAGCCCUACAUGUGUGGAGAGUGUGGGUACAGGACAGCGUGGAAGUCCAACUUAUCCCGACAUAUGGUGUGGUCUAAUCACAGCACCGCCGCGCUCCAGAGAGUCAGAGUUGCAUUCCACGACGCCCUUAAAAUCAUGACGUCGCAACCUAGAUCCACCAGCAACAGCUGGCUGUUUGCACUGUUGCGCUUAGACACCUUCGACGCUAGGAGGCGUAAGCUGACGCAUUCAUUUGCGACUCGCCUCCUGGCGUCCGAGAACGAUAUUGUAAGAGCGCUGGCAUGCUCUGAUGCUGUCUCCACAAGGGUAAAGCCGUACAAGUGUAACCUGUGUGACUAUUCUGCGGCACAGAAAGCCGCUUUGAACAGCCACAUGGCAAGACACACAGGUGAGAAAUGCCAUGUUUGUGAGGAGUGUGGUUACAGCACUGGCGACAGGUCUUCUCUGUACCGACACAUGAAAACUCAUACCGGUAAGAAACCUCACAAAUGUGAACACUGUGACUAUGCUGCAGCAGCGAAAGCCAGCUUGGACAUUCACAUGGCAAAACACACAGGCGAGAAACCCUACUUGAGGAUUCAUGCAGAAGAGAAACCCUUCAAGUGUGACCAGUGUGACUAUUCUGCGGCACAGAAAUAUAAUCUGGACAUUCAUCUAGCCAACCACACCGGAGAGAAACCCUACGUGUGCUGGGAAUCACAGAAAACCGCCUUGGACGACCACUUGAUCAAACACACCGGUGAGAAACCCUUCAAGUGUGGGGAAUGCGAGUACAGGACCGACGACAGGUCUUGUCUAUCCAGACACACGAAGACCCACACAGGAGUAAAGCCCUACGUUUGUGCUCUAUGCGACUAUUCUGCUUCGAGAAAGUCUUCCUUGGACGAACACAUGACAAAGCACACGGGUGAGCAACCUUAUAUCUGUGGGGAGUGUGGCUUUGGGACAGCUCGGAGAUAUGUUCUGCUCAGACACAAGAAGAUCCACACAGUCGUAAAACCAACUGUGUGCGCACAGAGCAGCUCCGAAGUCACGUCUCUGUCCAUAUGA